UGUAGUUCCUGUUUUGUUCUGUUUUACAUCAGAUCCUCUCUACGCGCCCCUUGCGCGUCUUUUAAAAUCUCAUUUUGAGGUGUAUUACAGGGUGGACGUCAACAGGUGUAAGUUAUGGUUUGUUACAGAAUGUGUUGUGUGUGAAUGUGUUGUUUGAUACAAGAUAAAGCUAGAGGAUGGGGGCAGUAGCAGUUGUUGUCUCACUUUUGCACAUACACAAAUUCACUUCAAUGCUGACAGACUCUAGCCUAUUCUGAAACUUAGAAACGGCAAGAAAAGUUUAGUCCUCAUAUCGAUGUUUCACCGCAGGUGCUUUGAUACAAGAUAAUGCUAGAGGAUGGGGCAUAAUGUUGGCCAUAGCCCUCAACACGUGCCACAUACUUUCUGCUGUAGAUGAAAACAUGAACAAGAGAGAGAGAGAAAGAAGGAGAAAUUGAGAGAAAUUUGCACCGCAACACAGGAAACUAAGUCACCAUGGUAACAGAGGGAUAGGAAUCAGACCGCUCCUCUGCAUUUGACUCUCUGUAGUUGGCAGUCGCUCCUAUGCUGGACUCCACAGGACGAGAGGGACAGUUUGCAACAGUGCCAUGCUAAAAGAAAGACUCUAUUGCGGAUCAAACAUUUUCUUUAUUUUCACAAAGAUAAAACGUUACCUCUCUGAUAGCAGGGCUUGUCCACUGGCUCUAUGAAUGAAGCAAUGGAUAUUGACCAAAGCACCAAUUGCACCAACGCCACAUGUACAAAUCUGUACGAUCACCGACCAGUGGCGCGGGUUCUCAUGCCACUGUAUUACUCAAUCGUGUUUUUGGUGGGUCUCUUUGGUAAUGCGUUGGCAUUGCACGUCAUCCGUCCCAACCUGCGCAAGAUGAACUCCACCACGCUCUACUCGGCCAACUUGGUGGUUUCGGACAUCCUGUUUGCCCUCUCGCUGCCGCUGCGUGUGGUCUACUACGCACUGGGCUUCCACUGGCCCCUGGGCGAGUUUGCGUGCAAGGCCACGGCGCUGGUGUUUUACAUCAACACCUACGCUGGGGUCAACUUCAUGACCUGUCUGAGCGUGGACCGCUUCAUCGCCGUGGUGCUGCCGCUGCGGCUGUCGCGCUUCCGCAAGGUCCAGCGCGUCAAGUGGGUGUGCGUGUGUGUGUGGAUGCUGGUGCUUGCCCAGACCCUGCCACUGCUGUCCAUGCCCAUGACCCAUGCCGAGCCCGGCGGCUACGUCACCUGCAUGGAGUACCCCAACUUCGAGGCGGUGCCCAACCUCCCGUUCAUGCUUAUCGGCGCCGUCUUCCUGGGCUACGGCAUCCCCGUGGUCAUCAUCUUGGUCUGCUACUCGUGGCUGUGCUCCAAACUGCGCCUGUCGGCCAAGACCAACCACCUGACGGAGAAGUCCGGCCGCAACAAGAAGGCCAUCGGGGUCGUCCUCUGCGUCAUCCUGGUUUUCGUGGUCUGCUACACGCCCUACCAUAUGGACCUGCUGCAGUACAUGGUUCGUAAGUUGCGUUACGAUCCUGACUGUGGCGAGCUGCACCGUUUCCAGAUCUCGCUGCACGUCACCGUGUGCCUGAUGAACCUCAACUCCUGCCUGGACCCGUUCAUCUACUUCUUUGCCUGCAAGGGCUACAAGAAGAAGGUGAUGAAGCUGCUCAGGAGGCAGGUGAGCAUGUCCUUCUCCAGCAACGCUCGCACUUCGCCCGAGGAGUCGUCCCGCGACCUUGACCACAACAGGGUCCGUCUCUACAGCAGGGGUGAACACCACUGAAAAGACCUGAAGAGUCCAUGCCGAGCGUUUAGAACUCAGGGGUUCUGGGAGGGUUCUAGAAUCCAGAAAUAUCUGCAACCAUCAAUUAUCUUUUUUUUUCUUUCCUCAUUUGAAAAAAACAGGGCUUGAGGGUCAUGUGACUCAAACUUCUAUAAACUUCUAUAGAGUCAUAUGACUCAAACUUCUAUAAAGUCAACAACAACAGGAAGAAAGAAAUGACAGCUACCAUGCUUGGACUGUAUGAUGACCAGAUAUGAAGGGAAUCACGAUGAACUGUCUUAAAAAAAAAACAGAUAAUUAUCGGUAGUCUUUUCUAAACAAUUAUUGAAAGACACAAUCAUAAAGUGGGAUAAGAAAACAGAGGCUGCUAAAAUGUAACCUGCCACCAACUUCAUUUAUUUUGCUAUGUACAGUAUAUGACUGUCCUUUUGAUAAUGAAUUUUUCACCACAUGUAAAGUGUUUCUCAGGGUAAAGAGCAAACCACACAGAACAAAUUAGGGCGCUGUGAGUGCAUGUAGUGCUCAAGAUCAAGUUGAUGGGGAUUGUUUAUAAGUUAAUGAUGCAAGAUUUGACAAGUCAUCCCAGAUACCAGUUACUGUUGAACAUUAGGGCUUAAUGGAGAGUGCUGAAUGCCUUGUGAUUUGGCCUGAUGAGGACUACAGAGCAACUGAAAGUUUCAUGUUUCACCCUGUCUUGUAUUUACAUCUAUGUUUGUUCUCUAGAGAUCUCUGUGCUCUAUACACUCACUCUUAACCCUCAUGUUAUCCUUGGGGUCAAUUUGACAUUUGACAAUUUGACAUGAAUUUGAUAAAAUA